AUGCUUUCGAAAGCGUUACAGAAAGCGAACACCGCGGUUCUUCUUGACAAUGCCGCUAAUUUUGAAGGAGCGAUGGAGGCUUACAACGAUGCCUGUCAAUUACUUCAGCUGGUAAUGGAUAGAAGCGAUGGAGGUGAAGACGAGAAGUUGAAGCUUCGAGAAAUACGUGAUACCUACAUGAUUCGUAUAAACGAGCUUCAAUGUAUGGACUUUUCAAUCAGGAAUGUCGAUAGCAAAGCCCUCCCUGAGCGACCUCGCAGUGAAGAGUCUUAUAUCGAAUAUUCGUCAGUGCAGAACAACGAGGCCGGGUCAUUAUCAGGAGAGGGUUCCAAUCGCUCGCAGCGUGGCUCUGAUGCGCAGUCGGUGUUCGAAAUGACAACAACUGUACCGUCUGGGCAGACCUCUUUGCAUCAGCUGUCGCUAUUACCAUCUGCGAUCACUGAAGAUAAAUUCAGAACCGCUUCUGUUGGUGACUGGACUAAGCGCGCUCUGGGACUGGAAGAACAUAAUAUUCAGUCUCCGUGCCAGCCAUUCAACGAAUACGUUAGAGAUCCGGCCACCACUAAGUAUGAGCUUACACAAGAACCUAUCAGUGAGCCAAGAUCUGUUGAUGCGUCCUCAUCUGGGAUGCCGUUAUUGAAUCCUCAUGCGAAGGGUGUUCACGAAACGACAUCAUGGCUUGAUACCAUUGACGAGUCCGGUGCUUCAUCCCCUGCUUCUGUUCAUUCAAACUCCUCAUCCUUAUACCUGCGCCAUAGAGGAGCUCACGAAUCUAUGGUUGGGACUGAAGCUGAGUUUGAUGCCGCCAUGGAUGCAGCCGUCGAAGCCGCAUAUGAUGAUAGCCUAGAGCUGACACCUGAACCCAACUAUGAUGGUGUGGUAGAACAUCCCCGCGCAGUUAUCAAGCCUCUGAAGCAACCCGUCACAGAGUUUGGACGGGAAGGAGAAAUUGUUCCAAGUCAAAAUCCUCUAGGUACCUUUGAUGAAAGGAAUCUUCGGAGGUCUUCUGGCCAUGAAAUAGGGUAUCUAGAUGACGAUGCCGAGGAAGAGGAGCGCUUGUUGGAGGAGAUGACGAGAGGCUAUGUCAUGGAUGAAUUUGAGUUUGGUAUUCUGUCCAAAUCCGCCCUUCCUCGGCAGCAAGCAUUGAGCGAUCAGCCUACUCGAUCACAGGAGAGCAUGGCGCUAGCUGCUACCCAUGGUGAACUGGACGCAACGCUGUAUACCCCUCUUAAUGCUACGAAUACCGACGCACGCACUUCUAGCCAGUCAAAGGGGAGCCUGUUAAUACCAACCACGAAGUCCAUGUUAAGUCCGUUGGUUGGCUCAGGUGUUCGAGCACGAAGGCUGUCAGGUCAACGAAACACCGAGCUGAAAAUUGAAACAAAGUCUCACCUAGACACUCGCUUGGUCACCUCAAUAGUACGAAGUCCGGACACAUUCGUGUUUCGUCCAGGAAUGGACCAUCAAGAUGAGCACCAACUUAGCGUCGGCAAUGGUUCCAACAAAAAUUCAAGCUCCGCUUCUGGUGUUCGAUCUCUUGUACAAUCGAAGAGACGCAAUGUGUCAGUUGGUUCCUUCACUGAAGACAUAUUAGCACAUGGGACCUGUAGAAGGAACCAGGAUAUUGACAAGGCCUGGCAUACAAAACCUCCUUCGCCAACUCGUCCAAUCGGUAAAGUAGCGUCGGCGCCAGACGGUCUAGACAAAUCGCAUGACGGCUUGGGUCCUUCCUCGAUGCGCAAUAUAUCAGUUUUAGGGACAGAGAUGCCGUCGGAGUCUCCGAACACUCCGUUAAAUAAUGUUUCUCACAUGUCAGAAGCUCAGAAAGCGCCCAUUACUGCUUCUUUACCCAUGUUACCUACCCCAACUGGGACAAACAUCGGUGCAAAUGGCUCACCAAGCCGGGGCCUUAAUCUUUUUGACACCCACAUUCAUUCUCCAACGAGUCCCGGCUCGCCGAAUGUGAUGGCUGCUGAUCCUCCACUCCCAUUGGAGCCAUGUCCUGAAUCGUUUCUUUUACGGCCAUUUUGGCUCAUGCGAUGCAUCUAUCAGACAAUGGCACAUCCACGUGGCGGCUACCUAUCCACAAAGCUUUUCGUCCCACGAGAUGUUUGGCGCGUCAAGAAUGUCAAAAUCAAGGCGGUUGAGGAGAAAGUAUCAAGUUGCGACUUGUUGACGGCCGCAUUGCUGAAAUUGGCCCAAGUCGAUACCUACGAUGCUGAUGCAAUUUUAGAGGAGAUGCAGUCAUUAGAGAGUGUACUUGAUCAGGUGCAAAUUUUGCUGUCAAAGAAAGUUGGAAGCGAGGUUGGCGUGCAUGGGGCUAUGACACUCCUCAAGUCUAACCAGGCGUUCGAUGAUACACUGAAUAAUGACAUAUCAUUCUCCAAGCCGUCGCCUGGACCCAGCAAGUCUUAUUUGACAUCAUGGCGCAAAUUGCGUUCUAAAAAUGCCGGCUUUGCAGUGGCAGCUGCGGCGUGCUCGAAAGAGUCGAGCAGGGACUUCUCGACAAGUAAUUCUGUGCCAAUGACUUCAGUACCUUCUCAACACACCAAGCGCAAUUUUUCACAGUUGCAGCUUAAUGGAGGCAGCAAUUAUAUGGGAGCUCUGGCCCGACUUUGUGAUGCCGUCCAGGUCUUAGAUCAAAUCGCCCAACAAGUCGAAGAUCCCGGUCUAAAGCAUUCUUCUCCGACUCUUGUUGGUCUUGAAUUGAGCACUCGCCAUGCUGCUGAAUUUUUCGGCUUCUACAUUUGUCGAUUUGCACUGAACGAUAUCGGGCUGAUGCUCGAUAAAUUCAUCAAAAGGGGAAGUGAGUGGGUCUUGAUUUGA